AUGAAGAUCAUCUCCAAGGAAGAGGAAGACGCCCACUUCAAGGUCGUCCUCAAGGGUGGUCUCAUCGGCGGCUCCGUCGGCCUUGCCCUCGGUCUGGGUGGUGUAAUCGCCGGCUCAAAGCGCUACCCCACCAUCCGCAACCUCACCCUCCCCUUCCGCUCCUUCCUCGUCACCUCGACCGGCACCUUUGGCGCCAUCGUCUGGGCCGAGAGAUACUCCAUCGACUUCCAGCGCUCGCACGAUUCCAUGUACAACUACAUGGACGCCUCCCACAAGGCGGCCGCCGAGGCUCGCGCCGCGGCCAAGAGUGACACGGAGAAGCUGAUGGAUUGGGGACGGGAGAACAGGUACUCUAUUGUGUUCACAUCUUGGAUUGCGGCGAUGGGUCUCGCGCUGGCGAUGGUGGGGAAGAAUAAGUAUCUGAGCGGAAGCCAGAAGCUGGUGCAGGCGAGAAUGUACGCCCAAGGGUUGACGCUGGCGGUGCUGAUUGCUACCGCCGCGUUUGAGACGGCGGAUGCGAAGGCGGGCAAGGGGAGGUGGGAGACUGUUAUGGUUGUUGAUCCGGAGGAUCCGGAGCACAAGCAUCUGAUUGAGAAGAGGGUGAGGAAGGAGGAUUAUGAGGGGCAGAACUUGUGGCAGGAUAUGGUCGAGGCUGAGGAGCGCAGACUCGCCGAGCAGAAGAAGCACGUGGCUGCUCUUGAGAAGAAGGAGAAGGCCCCUGCUUCUUAAGCAACUCCCUUAAUUCUCAAAUGUCACGACACGAUCUAUCCGGCCUUUCGGACUCGAAUGAUCCUUACGGUACAGCGACUCUUGAUGAUGCCCGUUCAUCAACGCCGUCCACCUUUUAGGAGCCAUCAUGGCUUCUAGUCUUGUACAACAACGACAAAAAAUCUUGCGCUUCUUCUUUUCCUUACAUUACGGAUCUGGAUCUUUCUCUUUUUUUGGUUUUAUUGGGUGUUGAAGGAGGUUUACUACUUUUCCCCGGGUUGCUGUGGGCAAAAAGAAACGUUCUACCCAACACAGAUAGACUUUGUCUCUUGGUGGCGUUCUGGGAUUUGUUUGCUUUCUACCGUUUCGUUCUUCUCUGUACGAUUACUUGUUGUUAUGAAAUGAUUCUUGUUGGUCUUUUUUUUUUUAGCCUUUUGCGUGGGACAGAAAGAAAUGAAUUGCAUGGCAUGGCGAGCAAAGUGAGGAGGAUGGGGAUACUAUUCAAAAGGAGGAUGGUUGUGCUUUGACUAGCAGCAGUAAAUUUACAGAGAUGACUACAAUGUAUAGGAUAUCUUUUGCAGUAUUUCUAGUGUUUUAUUGUUUCGUCUCUUGAAU